AUGAAAGUGGCAACUCUUCUGGCAGCUGCCCUUGCCGCCUUGGCUGGAGGUGCCUCUGGCAAGAAAUUUACGGCCGUGUAUAUGGAACCACCCUAUAACUGGGUGCCAGGCCCCAGUAUAUCGCCGACUCGCGUCCUCUACGGGUAUAGUGAACCCUACCGCCUGUUCAACUGGAACCAAUGGGUAGUUUUUAUGAAACAACAAUGUAACGGAUAUCCACCUUGCACAUCGGUCUCUCUCUAUUCUGCGAUUCCCCAGAAUCCCGAACAGCCGCGGCGGUGGUUCGGCUAUUUAUUUGGCGGUGAUCCGGUAGUUCCUAGAGAUUUUCAGAGGCAAGAGGACACAAGGUUCAAUGUUCGGGAUUCUGCAGCAUUUAAUGCAUAUGACUAA